GAGAGCACAACACAUACACCCCGGAGGGGAGGGACGUUAGACAGGAUACGCCCCUUGCCCCAGGUGUUCCGCCUCCUUCCCCCUCCCUUCAGGGACAAAGCUGAGAGGCUUGGGUUUCCACUUCCCGAAGCGCGGCAACGAUGCCCAUGGUCCUGGGUCUGGAAGCCAGGGUUGGUCAUCUGAGACAGACGGCCCCCAGGAGGGCUCCGGCGGAAAAUAUCUCCGGCGUCUACCUCAUGUCCUCCCAGGCCUGGGAGAAAGAUGGCGUCCACCAUUGCGAGAAGUCCCGUCUGCCCCUCUAGCCGCAGCUAGUCUCGUCUCUAUGGCCUCCGAUGAGUUCUAGUUCCACCUAGGGGGAACUUCCCAGGAUGCAUCGCGGCGGUCCCCGGUUCUCGCUAAGAUGGCGACUCCCAUGCAUCGACUUAUCGCUCGGAGGCAGGCGGAAGCAAAUAAGCAACAUGUGAGAUGUCAGAAAUGUUUAGAAUUUGGACAUUGGACAUACGAAUGCACAGGAAAAAGAAAAUACUUGCAUAGACCUUCACGAACAGCAGAACUUAAGAAAGCUUUAAAAGAAAAAGAAAACAGAUUCUUAUUACAACAAAGCAUUGGAGAAACUAAUACAGAAAAAAAGACCAAGAAAAAAAGGUCUAAGAGUGUUACAAGUUCCAGCAGCAGUAGCAGUGGGAGUUCAGCCAGUGAUUCUUCAUCAGAGAGUGAAGACUCCUCUACCUCUUCUUCCUCUGAUGAUAGUGAUACUGAGGAAAGCUCCUCUACUUCAUCAUCAUCACCCUCCUCAACUAGUUCUUCCUCUUCCUCUGAUUCUGAGUCAGAUUCCAGCUCUUCCUCUAGCACCAGCUCUAGCACAGAUAGCAGCUCUGAUGAUGAGCCACCAAAGAAGAAGAAAAAGAAAUAGAAUUUCAUUAAGUCUCUCUGAUCAUUAAGGACUGAUGAAUUGACAAAUGCUAAUGUAUUUCUCAGAAGAGGAGUUGGAAUAUGUUAUGGCCAAAUGGAUUAACUGGUCAAAAUUUCUAUAAUUCAAAAGCUUUCUAAAUGUUUCACAUUUUAAGGGCCUAAAGGUUAUUAACAAAGUAAGUAUGUGAAAAGCAUUUUUUUAUUUUAAGGAGAAUUUGGUUUCUUUUUUUAUCUUAAAAAUGUAUCUUUAAAAUUUAAUCAAAGCUGAAAUCCAGUAAAUCUGGUAUUUAUGUAUUGAAAUGUGUAAACUUUUUCUCUUUGUGAAAUAAAUGCCAUACCUUGUUUAUAUGUUGAUAUUGUAUAUGCUAACACUGGUUUCACUUGUUUUCAGGAUAAUCCUGUAAAAUAACUGGGAACAAUGAAUUUCUAAUGAGUUUGGCUAAAUAUUACUAUAUUAGUCAGAUUGAAUACAGUGUUACUACUAUGAAGGAGUCACCCCAUUGUUAACAAUGUUGUAUUUCUAAGUUUAUCUUUAGAGGGUUUAUUGUUUCUGUGAUAUGGGUUUGUUGUUGUUGUUUUUUUUUAACUUAAUGUCAGAAAUGAAAUGUAAUGAGAUCUGUAUUAACCUAGUAGAUAUUUUUAUUUGUGGGCAACAAUUUUCAACUUGCUGGGGUUUCUAUUUUGUUUUCUUCUGGUUCCCUAAAUACUCAGAGCCAUACUAUUUUGGAGAUAGAAUGUCUGAUAGGAAAACAAUCACCUUGAGUAAGCUAAAGGGAGAAGAAAAAGAAAAUUGAAAUUACUUAGUUUAAUCUUGGUGCCUUUUGAUAAAAAUAUAUGAUGAUAGAAGCGAGUGGCUGCAUGAAAGGUUGAAUUAAGUUUUUUUUGGCACUUAAAUGAAUAUAUAUACACACACACGUUAUAUAAUCUGAAUAUAUUCAUUGGGUGAGUGUGUGUGUGGGUGAGUGUGUGUGUGUGUGUAAAAUCUGAAAUAAGAUACUAACAAAGUUACCAUUCCAGAUGAAUGGCAGAUAAAGGGAUGGGGUGGGGAAUGAAAUAGAGGAUUUUUUCUUUUUAACAAAGUUGAGACAAAACAAGUUGCCUUUUAAUUUCAAAGUACCCAAAAGAAGAUUCUUUCCCUUUACUACUUUUGCAGUUAUUGUGUUGCACAAUUCCUGUGGUACUGGCGUUGUAAUGAAGAGUGUAUGUUGGAUGCGUCCAGUAUGUUUACAUAGAAUGUACACAUUAGUUGAAAUCCAGCAUGAAACAUGCAGGUUAAAAAUAAAAUUAUAGAGUUACACUUCUUAGUAGAUAACAAUUUGUUGUGAUGAGUUUAAUCAGUUGACAGUCAUUUUUAUCCUGUGAUGUAGUCUUUUAAGUUCAUUAUUGAUGGUAUUCCCUUUUUUGGGGGGGGGGAGGAUGCAACAUUAGUGGGAAAAGUUUCAAAUAUCCUGAUUUUUGUUUCAAUAUAGUGUAAACUAUGGAUAUUCAACUAUUUUUAUAUUUUUUAUGAGAAAGUAGCAUAGAGUUACUUUUAAAUAAAAUGUGCUUCUAUUUAAAUGUUGAAAAAUAAGUAUCUUGUCAGUCUUAAGGAGUCUGUAAUUAUUUGUAUGUUUUACAGAAUCACUUGGAAAGAUUGUAAAUAAAUUACUAGAACAUUAUUUGAAAGAUUUGUGUUAAAGAAUGUACCAGUUAACAGGAAAACAAUAAAUUAUCAAACAAGCACAAUUUACCAAGCUGA